GCAGAGUUCACCAUGUGGAGUUUAGUUUAAAUAAUUCCGUACAGCAUGUGGCUAGAUUUAAUGACAAAAUCCUUCUCUCUGUAGUUUUAUUUUUUUCUGUUUGAUUAUUUUUCUCCGCUUUAAACAUGUCUGUGAACGCAUCACAGCUGGAUCUGACCCAGCUGAUCUACCGCCAUUUGAAGGAGCAUGGUUUCAUUUCAGCCGCUGAGGAGCUGCACAGGCACAGCCCACAGGAGGAGACAAAUCCACCCGUUUCUUUAUUGGACAUCUACAAUUCAUGGUUAAAGAAAGGCUGUCCUAACUCAGCAAAAGGUUCCAAAUCAGGAAAAAGAAAGACCCCCUCUGAAGCCAAGUCAGCCACAGCAAGAAAGAAAACAGAAAAAACUGUUAAAAACCCAGCUUCACCAAAGAAGACUGUUGCAGCAAAAAGAAAAACAACUGAAAAGUCAAGUCAAGGUUAUGUUAAAGCAAAGAAAUCUAAGCUUAAUGCGUCAGAGAAAGCUGCUGCUGAGGGGAAUGGAUCGGACUCUGACAGCAGUCUGGACGUAGAGAAGUGGAAGAAGCUGCUGGACCAGCUGACAGAGGUCGACAUAGCCAAGAUGGAGACCAUCAAUGCACUUGCCUCCCCUAAACCCCAACCAAAGAAAGCACGAGUCAGGAAACCACGAGCUAAACCCGUACCCAAAGCGGAACCUCCUGUCCAGCAAACGGGGGAGACGAAGGGACAGAUGGAGAAGGAUGAGAAGGAAAUUGCGACACAGACGCCGCGAAAGGAGAAUAUGGAAAAGAAGAAGGGACACAAAGAAGAACAUGCUGCACAUGUUGCCACCCCAAGUACAGUGACCCAUAGUAAAAAAGUAAAAAAUGUAGUGGAGGGGCAGGUUUCAUCCACACUUCCAGCUGAAAAACAAAGACCGUUAGACGAAAUAUUAGUCCCUGAGGGGAAAAAAACAGACGAGGAGGCACCUGAGCCCAAGAGAAAAAAGAAGAAGAAAAAGGAAAAGGAGGGAAAUGAGGACAAGACAGACGGGAAACUUGAUGAGACAAAUUGUGAUAAAAAAGACGAAGAGAUGAAGCCAAAGAACGCAGGUGAAACUACUGAGCUAGAAACAAAGAUCCUGACUGAGGAAGGAAAGAACAGUAAUAAGAGUGAGAAUGUUUCCCAGUUAGUUUUACAGAAAAAGAAAUUGAAGAAGAAGGAAAAAGAGAAAUCCACAAGAGAUGAAAAUGUAGAUCAAAUAGAUAAAAAGUCCAAGAAAAAGGAAUAUGAUGGGAAUUUAGAACUGGAAGCUGAAGAAAUAAAUCAAAGUACAAAUACAGCUGGAAGCGACACAAGAUCCGAGCAAGAGGUUCAGGAUAAAAAGGCUAAGAAAAAAAAAGAAAAGAAACAUAAGGAGGGAAAUGUAGAGCAUGCACCUCCGGCAGAAGAAAGAAAUGUAGAGCUUAAUGUUGAAGAAAAAGACAAUUUAGAGCAAAUUACUAAGAAAAAGAAGGAAAAGAGGAAAACCGCUAAUGUAACCGAAUUACAUGAAAAUAAAGAAAAAAAGCAAAAGGGGGAUGAUAAUGAAGGGAAUUUAGAUAAAGUUGAUGAGGAUUUAAAAGCAGAGACAGAGAAAAACUUAGACACAAGUGAAAUUCAAAGCGACAAGGAAUCGGAGCAGAAUGUUCAGAGAAAAAAAAAAAAGAAAAAGAAAGAAAGAACUGAUCUGGAAAGAAAUGAAGAGCAUGUAACUGUCCCAGAGGAAGAAAAUAAUGAACAAAAAGUUGAAGAAAACAGAAAUUCAGAGCAAAUUGGUGAGAAAAAGAAAGCAAAGAAGAGAAAAGACUCUCUUGGCAGUAGGGAAAUCCCAGAGGAAGGAGUGGGAGAGCAAAAAAACAAAAAAAAGAAGGCUGAUAAAGAACAUUCACAGCAGACGGUUCAAGAAGAGAAGACAGAGGAUGAAGUUGGGCUUACUGACAAUAAAUCUACAUCGGAAACUGGCGAGCAGAGCCUGGAAACCACAAGUCAUCCAAAAAAGAAGAAAAAAAAAAGCAAAAUAAAAUCAGAUGAGGUCCCAGAAGACAUUGAAGAUUCUACACUGGAUAUCUCAACUUUAGAAACGAACUCGGCUGACGUCCACAAAAAGAAAAAGAAGUCUAAGAGCAAAGAGUCCUGACAAGAACCAGCUUCAUCAGCCUGUAGAAGCUGAGGAUGAAGCCAUGCAUAGUUUCUAACCAUGACUACAUGGGUAGAAGGUCCCAAUGAAAAACUAGACAAAAACGGACUUUUUAAUUUUGCUGCAUGUUUUACUUUAAGAGUAUUUUUAAGCACUCUGUAACACGUUUUUAACAUGCUCUGUGGAUGAGAAUUUUAAGAUGUUUUGGAUGCAUUCUCUGAACCAAGACCUUGGAUGGAGUUAAAAUUGACUCCAAAGCAAAUGGGAGAAAUUGCUUGAAUACAUGGGGGGCUU